AUGGUUUCAAAUCAGAUUCGAGGCAUCGUUAAUCCACUGGUCCAGUUGUUACUUGACACCCUUGUGGAAAUUCAAGAGAUAGCCUACAGUUCAGAAGCACAAAGAACCCCACGAUCAGUCCUGAGACUUCAUAACCUUACCUGGUACCAUGGCAUGCUGUGUAGGUCUGUUAUUGGAUUUUCCUUGAAGCAACUGACCACCCGGAAGUUUUAUGGAAAUUACUUUCACAACAUAACAGCACAUGCACCCAUUCAGAACAGAUUGAUCAGUGGCAUAUCAACAAACACCGAGGAGCAAGAAAGAGUUUUCAACAGUAUCAACAGCAUCACAAGAACAACAUCAUCCUACCAUCCACACCAUAUCAUUGGCAAUGUGUUCAUCCGACUCCAGGCUGAGAAAGAUCUUAAGUCCCAACAACCUUCCAUCUCUGACACACAAGAAGCUCAUGUUACCAAACUUGCAUCCUCUCUACCAACUUUUGAAAAUACUGUUAUUCCAAAACAGAUGCUAACAAGGAAUCCCAGAUUUUGGCAAGCUCAUCUUGAAAGAAUUUGUGAUUUCUUAUUAGCAGGCGAUGGAAUUUGGUGGAGAACUUGUACAAAUGGUGAUAUUGAGUUUUUUGAUGCAAAGGGAAAUCCUGAUGCUGUUCCUCAAGGACCAACCCUGCACCAUUUCCGCUCGAGCAACUUCAAAGCAGAGGAGAAUUACUUGAAAACCUGUUGGCAAAUGUGUUUGGAAAGAAAAAUACCAAUGCCAAUCAAAGUGCUUCAAAUUGAAAAUGCUGAGGGCAAUAUGGUGUUAAAGGAAGCAGAGAUAGCAAAUGAUUUAGAGGGAGUUGGACUUGAAGGUCAUUGCACUGAUCAGUGCAAUGACAGGGUGGCAGCGGCUAUUGGUAUAGGUGGUGUUGAAAGUUUGGAACUUGGCGAAGACUGUAUGUCCGAAAGUAGUGUGAAUGUUGGGGUUGUUGCUGAAGGGAGUGUGGAUGGUUGUGAUGGUGUUGCUGGCAUGGACGAUGUGGUUGGUUUGAUGGGUGAAAAGGAUGUUGUUGAAUGUAAUGUGAGGUUAGUGGAGGUUACUAACGAUACUUGCCUUGGCAAUGAUUUCCAGGAAGAAGCUAACCAAGAUGAAAAUGUAGAAGAUAUAAAUAACUCUGAAGCAAACAAUCAGCAAACCGAGAAAGGUAUGUAAUCAACAAUAAAACAAUUGAUAACUUUUAGCCUACUUACAUGUAUUUGCAUAAUAAUUAUACAAACUACAUAUAGGUUCAUCACGAAUUGUAAGUUUCUGAAUCUGUAUUAAAAUAUGUCCGAUGGAAUGAACUAAAUUAUAUUCUCAAUGACAAUAGAUUUUUACUAAUUACAUUCCAACCAUUACUUUAAUAUAGAAUCAGAAGGGCAACAACAAACACAAACGAAGCAAAGGCGUGCACUGGGCUUUGUUCUGGGAAUAACUGAGGAGGUGUUGCAGUUUGACAAGGCAAGGAAAAGAUUGAAGGAUUCACCAAAUAACAAUGACUUAAUAAAGGCUUACCUGCACGUUUUCAAAGUCAUGGAAACCUCUGUGUCCCGAGCACAGGCCAACAGCAAACGGCAGCUCAAGGAAAUCGAGCAGCAGUACUUCAGAAGUCGUGGUAAACUGCCGACAUCGAAGGACAUGUUAAAAGAUCCAACUUCCAAAUUGUUGAUCGACAAGCUGAAGUAUUGCAAAGCCCUGGUGGAUCAGUGGAAAGAAGAAAAAAAAAAAGAUUCUUCAUGA